GCGACAACUCUAGGCCUCGUGCUUUCCUUUUCAACGCAGUUGCUUUGUAGUAGCAAAAGUAUUUCACAAAUUUUGGAAAUAUCAUGUCUGGAGUAGAAGAUUUAAAUGUUGAGGCUGUUGCGGCUGAAGUAGCAGCCAGCGGCGAUGAUGCAAAGAAGCUGAAGAAGCCCAAGCCAAACAACAAGAAGUUGCGACAAGAGGCCGCCGCAAAGUUAGUUGCCGAAGGGGGCGUACCUGAGGAGAGCACAAAUGGCGAGGCUGAGAAAAAGGCCCCAGCGGCUGCUGCACAGCCGGCUGGCAAGAAGAAGAACAAUAAGGGAAAAAAAGCCGGUGGUCAGACAAAUCCACCUACUAUACCCAUUUCGGAGCUUUUCUCCAAUGGCCCCUAUCCUGAGGGUCAAAUUAUGGAGCAUCCAACGCCUAAGGAUAUGACUGACGAUCGCACGGCCAAAGAUCGCCUUACAUCUGAGGAGAAGCGUGCGCUGGAUCGCAUGAACAAUGAUAUUUAUCAAGAGCUACGCCAGGCAGCCGAGGCACAUCGCCAGACGCGCCAGUAUAUGCAGAACUACAUUAAGCCUGGCAUGAGCAUGAUACAGAUAUGCGAGGAGCUUGAGAGCACUGCACGCCGUCUGAUUGGCGAAAAUGGCCUCGACGCCGGCUUGGCCUUCCCCACAGGCUGCUCGUUGAAUCACUGUGCUGCCCAUUACACACCCAAUGCUGGUGAUACUACGGUGCUACAAUACGAUGAUGUGUGCAAGAUUGACUUUGGCACACACAUCAAGGGACGCAUUAUUGAUUGCGCAUUUACUCUGACGUUCAACAAUAAGUACGACAAGCUGUUGCAGGCCGUCAAGGAGGCCACCAAUACUGGUAUUAAGGAGGCGGGCAUUGAUGUGCGUCUAUGCGAUAUUGGCUCAGCCAUUCAGGAAGUGAUGGAGUCCUAUGAAAUUGAGCUAGAUGGCAAGACGUAUCCCAUCAAGGCUAUACGCAAUCUAAACGGACACUCCAUUAGCCCGUACCGUAUUCAUGCUGGCAAGACUGUGCCCAUUGUCAAGGGCGGCGAAUCCACACGCAUGGAGGAGGAUGAAUUCUAUGCCAUUGAGACUUUCGGCUCGACUGGCCGUGGUCUGGUGCACGAUGACAUGGACUGUUCGCAUUACAUGAAGAACUUUGAUUUACCAUUUGUGCCGUUGCGCCUGCAGUCAUCCAAACAGCUGCUGGGCACCAUUAACAAAAACUUUGGCACUUUGGCCUUCUGCAAGCGUUGGCUGGAUCGCGCUGGCGCCACCAAGUACCAGAUGGCUUUGAAGGAUCUGUGCGACAAGGGUAUUGUGGAGGCAUAUCCACCACUGUGCGACAUUAAGGGCUGCUACACUGCCCAAUACGAGCAUACAAUCAUUUUGCGACCCACUUGCAAGGAGGUGGUCUCGCGUGGCGACGAUUACUAAAGUUAAAAACAAACUGAAUUGUUACAAUUAAUUUGGCAUAACAUUUGUAGCAAUGCAUUAUACAUAUAUA